AUUUAUAAUAAACAUAAUCAACUACCUAUUUUUCGAUAGAAAAUAACGAAACUCAGACAUACAAAAACUAUGGCAUCUACACAGAACGAACGUUUUGACUCGAUGCUCAUGGCUGUUGCUAAGCAACAGGACGGCAUCGAUGGCAUCUUGGACGUUUUCUUCUCUUUUCUAAACCGCAAGACAGACUUCUUCACGCAGCCUGAGAUGGCCAGGGCCACUGUGAAUAAAUUCAUGUCGCGUUACCUAACUGAAGCAGAGGAGAAAAAGAAACGUGCGGCACUGGAGGAGGAAGCUCGACGGAAGAAGGAACUCGCGGCGUCUUCGCGUGUUGAGGUGCUUGAGGACGAGGAGGAAGCUAACGCAUCGGCUGCCAAAGUGGCUGCCGAUGCCGCAGCUCAUCGCAAAGCAGAGCUUGAGAAGAAGAAGAAGGAACUUGAAGAAGCUCAGAAUCAGAAGGACGGCGAUGGUGACGAGGAGGACAGCAACAAGCCCAAAGGGCUGCCGCCUACCUCAGGCAACGGUUUUGAAUACGAACACUAUACCUUCUCACAAACCCUGAAAGACGUCGAGAUGCGCGUGCCACUACCAGCGAAAAAUGUCCGCGGCAAGCAGCUCGAUGUUGAGAUUAAACAAGAUCAUCUGAAGGUCGGCAUGAAGGGCAAGCACCCCCUCAUCGAUGGUGAUCUCUACGCGCGCAUAAAGCUGGAGGAUUCCAUGUGGACUAUUGAGGAUGGAUGCGUAGUUGUGCUGUCGCUUCAGAAACAAAAUGAUAUGGAGUGGUGGAAAACGGUUUUUGUUGGUGACCCUGAGAUCGACCUACAGAAGGUUGUACCGGAGAACUCCAAGCUAGAUGACUUAGAUAGCGAAACGAGACAAACGGUGGAAAAGAUGAUGUUCGACCAGCGUCAAAAAGCGCUUGGAAAACCAACUUCUGAGGAGCAAAAGAAGCAAGAUAUGCUCAAGAAGUUUAUGGAGGCCCACCCGGAGAUGGAUUUUUCACAAGCAAAAUUCUGUUAACUUUUGUAUCAAUAAAGACACACGUGCACCUGUGCAGUAGAUGGCUUUAUUACCAGGCGGCUUAUGUUUGAGUCUUUUGAAGGAAAGAAUUAAUUGUUAGAGUAAUAUACGGUAAAGGAAUAAGUAUAAAAAAUAUUACUUAUGGCCACAUCCAGAAUAAUUAAAAAGUAAAAAAUUUUGAAAUCUUAAAUAAACAAUGUGUUUUUCAGAUUUAAUGAUGAGGGUGCGCGUUUGAACACCAUCUUAUACUGAUAGAGAUUUGUGGGCUUUA